AUGGCUUCGUCAAAAGGCCCGGCCUUGUCUUUAGACGAGUGCCGCUGUCUCAUCUGUAUGGAAUUCCUCAUCGAGCCGGUAACUCUGCCUUGCAACCACACGAUGUGCAGGUUCUGCUUUGAGGCACUUAUGCAAAAUGAAAAUUUGUCCUGCCCUUUCUGCCGCUGCUGGAUCUCUUCUUGGGCUCCGUUUGAUAUCUGCGUGGACAGUUUUAUCAAUGAGGAACUGUGGGAGAGGAUUCAAGCUCAGUAUCCGCAGGAAUGCAUAGACAGGGCAUCGCUGGUCUUCAAAGAUGAUUCACCUGUCCGAAAACUAAGCAACCCUGGGGAACUGAGGAAAGAAUAUGAAGAGGAGAUGAUGAGGAUGGAGGCCGAGCGCCAGGCCACUGAGGAAAGACUGAACAGAGCUAGUGAGGAAUACAUAAGAGAGUUAUUGGCCAUGGACAUGGAGGAAGAAAGAAAAAAGGCAGAAAAGCUGAGACUGGAGAAACAACGGCAAAUGGAGGAGGAAGAGGCCAAACAGCUCAGCCUAAGUGAAUCGGGCACAUCCCCAAGAAAAAGAAAGUGCAAACGGAAACACUGUGACGGUGUUUCAAAGUCUUCUCUUCAGGCUCAGCCUGAGGCAGCAUCGAAGCACAGAGCUGUGCAAGAUGGCCAGAAAACAUCUGCGCGAACCGACGGGGAUGGGAUGAGCCCUACAGGACAAGACAUUAAAACUGAAGAAGAUACUCCAGCAGCUACUCUCUCGUCAAGUCCGGUGAGUCCAAAACAAGGCACAUCGAGACCUUUCGGCCGUGAUGGGAACGUGGGCAGCUCAGAAGACGAGGCGCCCAAACCUAGCUGCUCUAACUACAGCAGGUAUACCCGGUGUAAGAACAUUGAACCGGAGGCUGCCGCUGCUCACUCCUCUGCCCAAACAGAGAGUGGGAACAGUGGGUCAGGCGUGAAAGAGGAACCUGAAGACCACACAGCUGAGGCAAAAGAUGAAGUACCUCACACUCUGAGCAGAAAGCAUACUUCCAAGAGGAAGCAUCAGGAACCUGCGGCAGCCAGGGAGCCGGGCAUUUCUUACGAAACGCCCCCUGAGGGUUCCUCAGACGAGGAGGAACCGCAAGACUUCAUGACCAAAAGGCUGAUUGAUUUGGAGAAUCUGUAUUUUGAGAAGCAUCAACAAGAAGAACAAGACAGACUAUACGCACUGGAGCUUCAAAGAGCAUGGGAUGAAGACCUACAAAGGGAAACGCGGAGGAAAGUGUACCCAAGGAAAUAUCCACCGCAGUACGAGGCCUUCCAUCUAGACACCUCAGCAAAAGACAAUUCCAAAGAUAAGAACAUCUGAAAGGGACGCCUGAGAGCCUCCUGCUAGUCUUCUGAGCAUGGUAUUUACAAGUGUGCAUCACUACAACAAGCUGCAUUCAUCUUUAAUGGACUUUAUGAGAAUAUAAAUGUGGUUCUGUAAAACUUAAAGUGAAAAGCAAGGGUGCCUAGCAUCCAUACUAUUAAUAGUUAUGCUAUUGUUAGCAGGGGUGUUAAGUUAGAUAGUUCUUUUUUUAAUUUUUUUCCUAUUUAUUUUUAUUUAUGAUUACAGAGAAUAUAAAUGUGGUUCUGUAAAACUUAAAGUGAUACUCAAGGGUGCCUAGCAUCCAUGCUAUUAAUAGAUGUGCUAUUGCUAGCAGGGGUGUUAAGUUUGAUAGUUCUUUUUUAUAUUUUUUUCCUAUUUAUUUUUAUUUAUGAUUAUAGAGAAUAUAAAUGUGGUUCUGUAAAACUUAAAGUGAUACUCAAGGGUGCCUAGCAUCUAUGCUAUUAAUAGAUGUGCUAUUGUUAGCAGG